AUUCCCUGGGUUCUAUCUUUUGGCCAGACCAUGCGUUGCCAUUAUCUAUUCAUAAGCCAUGCAUCAUUCAGUCCAGUACUACAGACGAAUUCCUUACCGUAUUGAUAUCACGGGCGCCGAUAGUCCCUGUAGCUUGUUUGGCAAAAUUAACCCAGAAAGACGCGUUGUCACGGAGUUCGGUAUUAGCGCUCUUAUUCUGAUUAUCCUUAUAGGCACUAAUAUACUAUGGCCCGUAGGCAGCCUCUCAGACAGUGGGGGCUUGCAAACCCAACUCAUACCCAGGAUGUUAUAGGGUGCGAUUCUCAGUCACUUAAAUACAUCCUAUUGUAUGUACCGCAGAAAUUUAUCAAA